AUGAUCGAAGACCCGUCCACAACGACCACUUGGCCGAACAUGUCACCUGAUGAUGGUGACUAUUACACUUUGGACGAAGCAUAUCGCUUCGCCCAAACCAUCUUGUGGAGUGCAUUCUUUGGCAUCAUUUUCAAUUGGGCACUGUUUGCGUGCCUUUGCAUCCAAAUGUGGUUCUACGCAACCCGCUUCAAAAAGGAAAACGUUGCACCAAUUCGUUACAUUGUUUGGUCUUUGUUCAUCAUCGAAUGCUUUUCAACUGGCUAUUUGACCUGGUCUACAUACGUGCAAAUUGUCAAGAAUUGGGGUCAUGACCCCACCUACAACCCAUCUGCAUUUGGCAUGUUGUUCUUUGAUUGUUCCAUCACAUCCAUCGUUCACGGCCUGUAUGUCUGGCGCAUUUAUUCCCUUUUCACAAAGGAAUCAUCAUCACCAAGGACACGUCAUCAAAUGUACGGCUUUGUACUUUUGAUCAGUGCACUAUCCUUGUGCCAGUUCUCAUGCUGCGUUGCAACUGCAUUCUUUGAAGCAUUGCAAUACCAUCAAGGUCCGGGAAAACAAUUUGUCGCUCGAAAAUUGUUCCAUGCUUGGUUGGCCUCUGCAUCCAUUGCCGACAUCAUCAUCACGGUGGUACUGGUGUGCAAGUUGAGCUCAAUUCGAAUACGUUUAGGAGUCAAGGCAACUGAUGACAAGAUCAAAAAGAUUCUGUACACCAUCGUACCAGCAGGAGCAGCAACUGCCAUUUGUCAAAUCUUGAUUUGGGUCUUGCAAGGCACCUUCCCAGGCGUUGCCUAUUAUCAGUUCCUGAUCUUCAGUUUGAGCAAGAUUUAUUCAAACAGCGUCAUUCUCAGCUUGAACCUCCGUGACAACAAGCAACAACAAAUCUCAGUCGAUUUCAAUG